AUGCCAAACGGAUUCCUUCCGAAUUCCACGUUGACUCUCAGCAUGAGUACGCCGCCCAACCCGAGAAAACGUCUUUUGCGUUGUGCCCUGCUGGAUUUCGCCAACGUCGUGGCACUGGAGGCUCCUCUACCACCGUCACCCGUGUCUCCGGGUUCGCCGGUCGAAAGUCCGGUCAACCUUACCAUUCCCGCUCCCCCUAUCCGUGUCGAUCUUCCUUUGACACCGGACUACUACCACGAUAUGUCUCUACAGAAUCCUAUCGGGUACAAUCCAAUUCCGGAUUCGUUCUCGAUCGCGGGUUCACCGCCGAAGAAACUAUGCACCACGAAAUUCACUUGCAAACUGUGUAGUCUGAACUUCAGUGAUCCAUUCUCAUUGGCAAGACACGUGUGCGCGGCAAUCAGACCCGUCGAAUACCGAUGCCCCGAAUGUGACAAGGUCUUCAACAACCCUGCCAACUUGGCUUCGCAUCGACGGUGGCACAAACCUUCGGCACAACAGCAGUUGAAUUGCCCUCACUGCAGCAUGGUCUUCCGGAGGAAUUCCUUACUUAAGAAGCACGUAGAUUCGGAACACACUCACUUGCAGCACCUCCGACACGAUCUGCGUGCCACCGCCGGGAGCCAGAGUUCGGGACGACUUCACAGCAAUCUCAUCCCGCAUAUAGCGGGUCUGACUCAUCAUCCAGAAUCCCCCUUCAUCCCCGUCCCCAGCCUACAUUAG